AUGUGGAGACGUCGGCGCGAGCCCUGGGAGGAGUUAUCUUUUCUUCUUAACAGCUUAUCACCCCGGAAUUGGUUUAUCCGGAGAUGGGGUCUUAUGGCUGGAAGAGGCCAGCACCUUUGCUGGCUCCGGUGCGCUUGUGACGGCCCGUGA